GAGCGAAGCCAGAUCCUAUCUCUCAUGGUUCGCCAGCUGGAUGCCCACAGGGCCACUACCUGGGGCAAGAUCGCCGAGGAUCACCGAAACCUUGGCCACUGCCUGGAGAAGCUACAGGGCUUUCUGCAGACAUCUCAGCUGGGUGAUCACGGAGCCAAACUCCUGGAGGAGGUUGCCGCCGAGCUCUCCGCGGAGACGAGCGGGGGCCCUGGUCCGGAGGCCUGUGCAGCGCGCGCAGCGCCCUUGGGCCUGGCGGCUGAGGAGUUGAAGUCGGAGCAGCUCCAGGUCAGCUCCAACUUCGAGGCUCUGGGAUGUGCGAGGCUCCUGGGCGGUGUGCAGAAGGCCAGCUGUGCCUUGGGCGGGUGGACUCCCAACUCCGACCAGAAAGGUGAGUUUCUGCAAGUUGACCUGGGCACUCCCAGAAUGCUGACGGGUCUGGCCCUCCAGGGGCGUUCGCCGGCCUCGGGUAACUGGGAGCAGACCGCGGCCCUCUUGGAUCAUCUUCUGGAUCCCGGGGACCCGGUGCCGCCUGCUCGGCUUUUCAAGCGCCCUCCCGUGAGGCUGAUCCAUGACAUUUUCAUGGUCGCCCAUGGUAAGCAUGGUGCCUUGGAGGGCGGCCGACCGGAUUUCUCUGCUGCUCAGCUGGACUAUGAGCAGCUCUCGAAGACUGAUCGACAAGACAAGGUGGAUUUCUUUGAGCUUCUCCUUGUGCGGCUGAAACAG